AAAGAGAGGCCUGUUCGUUACCGUUGGUUCUCUGGACGGUUUGAGCCGAACGAGUGGCCGGGAAAAGGCAGAGAGGGCCAGCCGGGGUCUGGUUCGUUACUGCCGGCUUUCUUGAGGGCAGUUUCCUUUCCUGGCCUCGGAACAGCUUCCUGGGGCCAAUAUGAGCUUGUUUGGGUCAACUUCAGGUUUUGGAACUGGAGGCACCAGUAUGUUCGGCAGCACAGCUACAGAUAACCACAACCCAAUGAAGGACAUUGAAGUUACUUCUCCUCCUGAUGACAGCAUUGGUUGCUUGGCUUUCAGUCCACCAACAUUGCCAUGUAAUUUCCUUAUUGCAGGAUCGUGGGCAAAUGAUGUUCGUUGUUGGGAAGUCCAGGAUAAUGGGCAGACAAUUCCAAAAGCGCAGCAGAUGCACACGGGGCCUGUUUUAGAUGUUUGUUGGAGUGACGAUGGGAGCAAAGUGUUUACAGCUUCCUGUGAUAAAACUGCCAAAAUGUGGGACCUCAACAGUAACCAGGCAAUACAAAUCGCACAGCACGAAGCUCCUGUUAAGACUGUCCAUUGGAUAAAAGCACCCAAUUACAGCUGUGUAAUGACUGGAAGCUGGGAUAAAACGCUAAAGUUCUGGGAUACACGAUCGCCAACUCCAAUGAUGACACUGCAGUUGCCUGAGAGGUGUUACUGUGCUGACGUGGUAUACCCCAUGGCUGCUGUGGCUACUGCAGAGAGGGGUUUGAUAGUUUAUCAGUUAGAGACUCAGCCUUCGGAAUUUCGAAGAAUAGAAUCUCCACUUAAACAUCAGCAUCGCUGCGUGGCUAUUUUUAAAGACAAAGUGAACAAACCAACUGGGUUUGCCCUUGGAAGCAUCGAAGGAAGAGUAGCCAUUCAUUACAUUAACCCACCAAAUCCUGCCAAAGACAACUUCACUUUCAAGUGUCAUCGUUCCAAUGGCACAAACACUUCUGCACCUCAGGAUAUCUAUGCUGUAAAUGGAAUUGCUUUUCAUCCUGUCCAUGGCACUCUUGCAACUGUAGGAUCUGAUGGUAGAUUCAGCUUUUGGGAUAAAGAUGCACGAACCAAGCUAAAAACAUCAGAGCAGCUGGACCAGCCUAUAUCUGCCUGCUGCUUCAACCAUAAUGGCAACAUUUUUGCAUAUGCUUCCAGUUAUGACUGGUCAAAGGGACACGAGUUCUAUAACCCGCAGAAGAAGAACUAUAUCUUUUUGCGCAAUGCCGCUGAAGAGUUAAAACCCAGAAACAAGAAGUAGUGAGUAUCAUUCAGGCCGUCCUUUUUAGCACUGCCUUUUUGCCGUGUGCCACCCUUUGGUCUCCUUCCAGUUGCCUGUUUUGGAUUGGUAAAUUACCACUCUGCAGGAACUCCGUGGCUAACAACCAAGCACAUUUUUAUAGGCUGGAAAAUGAACUUUUGAAUGACUUUGUUUCAUGCUGCGCAACGCUACGUGACAUGGGCAUGAAGGUGUGCUGGUUUCCUUAACCGUUGCAAUAGCCUCACAUUGGACCAACAAACACUGCUUGCAUCCUGAGUAACUGCUUGUCGAUAUCAAAAUAUAUAUAUAUAUAUUUUCCAAAUACUUCAAGGGUGAAACGUGCGUUGCAGUUAUUCUGGGCAAAUUUAUUUUUUUUCCUUGCUUGAAAACUCCACCAGGGAUGGAGAAAUAACUUGAAGAGGUUCAGUAUGACUGUAAAAGUUUGUUUCACUGAAAUGUAAGUUUUAUUUUUAACUACUGGCUGCCCAGAAGAAAGCAGUGUGUGCUAAAUUUUGUUGUAUCUUUUAUAUUUUGCAAAGCGUUUUCACUCAAGUGAGUGCACUGGGACAGAGAACCUAGUUAGAGACCAAGUAGGAAUUUAUAAUAAUGCAUUCCGAUAUUGAGUUUCAGUUCUCAUUUUUGAAGUUGCGUCUUUAACUUGGAAUGCCAAGGGAUGUAGUUUUGAGAUGUGGGUAAACCGCUACGAGCUUAGGACGCAUUUCAAACCCUGUGGUGAUAUCCGCAGAGCUGUUCCAUGAUUCCAGCCUUGAGGAUACCGCAUCAAGUAUAGAUGUUCUGAAUGGUCUUCCGAGUCCACUGUUCAUUUCCUCAGGUCCCAGUGUAUGGGCCAGCAAGUGUGCAGUGCAAAUGCUACUGUUUGUGCCUGUGCUAUCAAUACCAGGGAAUGACCAGUGCUAUACCUUCAAGAAUGUUUUAUGUGAAUGUGCCACAGAGACUGUUGUGACCCAUUUUGUGCCCUACAGAGCUGCAGAUGCUAUUUUCAGAUAUACCACACUGCUACAUCAGUUUCAGUAUCUUAAAACAGUCAAACUGACCAAUCUAGUAGAAAUUGUGUGAAAGUUCUUAAAAUAUUCAUUUAGCUCAGAUUUGUUCUUAUUAGAAAUGCCAAAAGAUCACCUGUUUUACAAACUGGGUGCCUAUUUGUUGAUAAUGAAUAGAAGAAAAAUGGAAGACCAGAAUAUGUAUACCAAGAAGCUUCUUGAUGUCCCAGAUGUCUGUAAACCCAUACGUUGUACGAGUUGCUACAAAUAAAAUUGUUUAUUAAAUGUU